AGUGUGAACAACGCAGAGGGUCAACAUGUAGGAGCAUGUGUGUUCUGCUGGAUUGGGCAGCUUUUGACUUCACAUUUCCAUUGUUUUGUCGCUUUAACCAACAUUAAAUGGGAUUAACAGCAUCACUGUCCAACAAACUCAAAAAGGAUGAUGCCAAGCUUCACAUCCCAUAUUUCAGUUCCGCGGCCCGCCUAUUCCCAGGCCAGGGAGAACCUUGUGAAAGCUAUCCCACCCAAGCUCCUCUGCCUUCUGGCAUGUGGAGGAGUCGACUGUCGCUAUGAGGGACCAGAUUGCUGGAAGUUAAACCAACAAGUCAUUCGAGGCCUUUUCUCCUCCUGGGUGACGGAUGACAUCAUUGCCAUGGCACGACCAUCCAACCAUUUGAUCAACAAGUACAACAUCAUAGAUCAGUUUCAAAGGUUAAACAUCCGAUCGGUCAUCAAUAUGCAGCUGCCGGGGGAGCAUGCUCACUGUGGACCCCCUCUGGACCUUCAGAGCGGUUUCACAUACUCUCCACAGAUCUUUAUGGACAAUGACAUUUACUUCUAUAAUUUUGGGAUGCCCGAUUUUGGAGUGUCGUCUCUUGUGGGGAUCAUUGAUGGGGUGAAGGUUCUCGCCUUUGCGGCAAAUGAGGGACGUGUGGCUGUCCACUGCCACGCGGGCCUGGGCAGGACAGGGGUGCUGAUAGCCUGUUACCUGAUCUACACCCUGCGCAUCAGCCCCAGCGAGGCCGUGCACUACGUGCGCAUCAAGCGGCCGCGCUCCAUCCAAACGCGGGCGCAGAUCAGCCAGGUCUUCGACUUUGCUCGCCUGCUUGCCACCCAGCUGGUUCAGUAUCCAGACCUCAGCUUGCGGCACGGGGCCCCUUUCACCCUGCAGCACUACCUAAACCGCCAGGCCCUGCUUUUGCACGGCCAGGAGGCACGCAAGCUCAGACACACCCCCAAGGUGGUAUACCUCCUGUGUGUGCGUCUCUCCUGCCUGGCUCUGGGCCUCCCCUCUCCCCCAGAAGUCCACGUUGAGUUGGACAAGAGGUCAGCGCUCAGGACACUGGGCAGGACCGUGAAAGAGACUCUGGUGUCCAAACAAUAUCUGCCCCUGCUGAACGAGGGCCGUAAGGUCUCGUGGGCAAGAUCGUUGUCGGUGUCCUCCUGGGACGAGCCGCUGGGGUUCUUUGAGAGGAAGCGGGAGGUGUUGCUGGACAAACGGAGCUACAGCGAAUCCGACCUCAGCAAGAUGACAGUAAACGAGGAUGUUGAACUGAGUCCAUACUGCAGAGCAGCACUUGGGAAUGAGAAACACUGGUGCGUGCAGGAUCUGAUACGAGCCGAUCUGACAUCUGCUAGUCCCGUCUGCGGCACACUUUCAUCAGGUGACCAGACAACAAAAAAGGAGUCUCAUAUAUCAAACAUCCCCCUGUCUAAUAUGAGAACAAGCAGCAGCUGUGGUAAAAUGACAAAGUGCGGCACCAUAAAGUCCCUUCCCAAAUACAGCUCCAACCUGGAGCUGUGUAGAAAUAUGCGUAAUCCUGGUCCAACAUCAAUGGCCCGCCCUGUUGCAAAGGCAAUGGCAGAAUACGGUCCUCCGGGAGACACCAUUCUGCAGAGGUCGGCGCUUCUGCAGGAGGAACUGAAUAGCAGUGACUGUGGCUGGGCUUUGUUGGUCACAGAGUCCGAUCCUCACGUCCUCUGCUGUCUCUUGUGGACUUGGCUGGAGAAACUGAGGGACCCAGUUCUGAGUCCUGAGGAUGUGGAGAAGUUGAGCAUUGUGGGAAGCAACAGGAAGCCUCUAAGUGUUCUCAAAAAGCCACAGAGACACACCAUCUUCUGUCUGCUGAGCUGUGUGAGCUCCGUGACCAGUCUGUGUCCGCACAGAGAGGAUUCUGUGCUCCAAAGGCUGAUGUCUGCACUCACACGGCGCCCCCAAGAGGACAUGACAAGCCUCGUAGCACUGAUGAGAGUCCUGAAAGCCAGCUUGAGAGAAACCUACCAAAGUUACAGUGACCUCACCAGGGCCUGCAGCACCAGUGCAACUCUUUGAAGAGUCAAGUCCAAAUCAAAAAUGACAAAAAAGACUACAACUGAAAGAGAUUUCUUUCUUUCUUUCUUUCUGUCUUUC